CCAAGUACCAACCACAUCCCCAUCCCCAUUGACCCAUUCCCCCUAACCCUAAUCCCCAACGGCACCCAUUCCCCAGUAAGGCAGCAAGGCAGCAAGGCAGCAACCCCUCCAGGCUCCAACCCCGCCGGCCGUCUCGUCGUCUUCGUCCUUCCAGACACGGUGCGGCUCCGACGACCUCCUUGCACGUCGCGUUUUGGCUCGUAGCCUCGCAGGUCGUCUUCUUCAUCGCAGCUCCUUGCUCCGUCGGCGGCGUCGUCGCGUCCUCUCUGUCCACUGCCUCAUAUGUCGGACAGAGUUGGUCCAAUGGAGGAUAGCCAGGAAAUUGAGGAGCAGGUGCAGGAAGAAGUGAUUUCAGACAAUGGAACUGAAAAGAAGCAGGAAACUCGUGAUGAGAUGCUUUCGCGGCACAGGAAAGAGAUAUCACAACUGCGGAAAAAAGAAAUUGAAAUGAAAAAGGCAGCAGCUAGAGGUAGCAAGGCUGAACAGAAAGCUAAGAAGAAACAAGUGGAGGACGAGGUUACUCGACUUUCUGCUAAUCUUAAAGAGAAACAUGCAAAAGAACUGGCUGAAUUAGGCUAUAGCAGUGGUGGUAAUGGGAAUGAAAAGGGAAAUUUAGACAGUUUGAUAAAGGCCAUAGCUGGAGUAUCUGUUGCCAAUCAGCCUGACCGUGCAAGGGUUAGCAAGGCCCAACAGAAGCGUGACCGAAGAGCUCAACAAGAAGCAGAAAGGGAGCAGAGAAUCCAAGCAGAGCAGAGUGACACUAUAAGUGAUCGUACAAUUGAAAAUGAAAAAUUGGAAAAGAAGUUGAAGCCUCUCGGUUUAACUGUGUGUGAAAUAAAGCCUGAUGGGCACUGCCUCUAUAGAGCUGUUGAGGAUCAGCUGGCCCUCCUCUCUGGCGGUAGAUCACCUCAUACAUACCAAGAACUUCGAGAAAUGGCAGCUGCUUAUAUGAGAAAGCAUUCAGCUGAGUUCCUUCCGUUUUUCCUUUCAGAAAAUUUGAUCGAAGAUGAUUCAGAUGAAACACUUGCUGAGAAAUUUGAAAACUAUUGUAAAGAGGUGGAAUCCACGGCUUUAUGGGGAGGACAGUUAGAGCUUGGUGCCUUGACUCACUGCUUGAAGAAGCAUAUUAUGAUAUUUUCCGGCUCCUUCCCCGAUGUGGAGAUGGGGAAGGAGUAUAAAUCCGCUGCUACCACUGCCUCAUCGAGUUCAAGUAUUAUGCUUUCCUACCACAAGCAUGCUUUUGGACUUGGUGAGCAUUAUAAUUCUGUGGUCCCAGCAUGAUCUGAUGGGUAUAUCACAAGAAGCAUUUUUAUGACGAUGUUGCCUUGUAGCAUUUUUCUUAGAAACCAAACAUUUGAUGGAAGAUCUCUUGGAACCGAAGUUGUUAUUUGGUAAUGGUUAUUAUAACUGUACAUUUCUCUACUGUAUGAUUUCUGGAUAAGUUAUAUUUGAUAGUUAUGUAUCAAAUUUUUCUUAUGGCGUCUGCCUGAUUUUGAAUGGUUUACCUAAAUCCAUAUAUGAGGGGAGAUAUUUGCUCUAACAUAAUGCACACUUUAGUUUUAUUGUAUUUUUAUAAUGCACACUUUAAGGUGUUAUAUAUUUUUGUUUCUCCUCCA